GCAGUCACUCAUACUUCAAACCUCUCUCUGCUUUCUUUCAAGGGCAGUCAACUACUCUUUUCAAACUCGGUCUGCCAGUUUGUUAGUCACCUUGUUUGUUUGAUACACCGGACCUUCAAGAUGUUGGCCAAGCAAGCUCUUUUUAUCUCUGCUCUUCUGCCCUUGAUUCAAGCUCAAGAAUCUACAUCGGAAACGGUGUUGGGUGUUUAUAUCUUCCAUCGUCAUGGAGACCGUACUACAAAAUCCUAUGCUCCUACGUCUCUCACAGAUCUUGGAUAUGCUCAAGUUUAUGAUUCUGGAAAUUUCUAUCGAAACAGAUACAUCGAUUCCAACGCCUCCUCUCCUCUUUACAAGAUCAGUUCGGACGUAGCUAAGGUCUCUCAAUUGAAUGUUCAAGCUCCAGUCGAUAAUGUCCUUCAAAACUCUGCAUCCGGAUUUCUCCAAGGUCUAUACCCACCUGUUGGCGCAACAUUGGGAAGUCAAACACUUGCCAAUGGCACAGUUAUUGAAGCACCUUUAGGUGGUUUCCAACUUAUUCCUGUCAAUGCUGUUGCUACAGCAUCUAGCAGUGCCAAUUCAGAGAGUUCGUCUUGGCUGCAAGGCUCCAGUGGUUGUGGAAAUGCUGUCACCAGCUCCAACAACUACUUCUAUUCGGAAGAAUAUGCGAGUCUACUCAAUUCGACCAAGAGCUUCUAUCAGAGCCUUCUCCCUGUGAUCAACACCACUUUCAAUUCCAGCACGGACACUUUCAAGAAUGCAUACACAAUUUAUGACUACAUUCACGUCUCUACCAUUCACAACUCAUCUAUUCCUUCCGAUGACCUUCUCACGGAUGAGACACAGUCCCAAUUGCUAGCUUUAGCCAACACUCACGAGUUCAACCUCGCAUAUAAUGCUUCAGAUACCAUUCGUGCGAUUGCUGGAUCUACAUUGGCAGCACAAAUCCUCCAACAACUCAACACCACCAUCACCGGAAAAUCCGCCGUGCCAGUCUCCAUCCAAUUCGGCGCCUACGCCUCCUUCCUCUCCUUCUUCGGACUCUCGGGACUCUCCACGCUCUCCCCAAACUUCACCGGCAUCGUCGACUACGCAUCCUCCAUGACCUUCGAACUCCUCACUAACGCCACCGUCUCCAAUACCUCCUAUCCCUCCCCCUCCGACAUCUCAGUCCGUUUCUACUUCUCCAACGGCACCGCCUCUGAAAACCCCUUCGUCUCGUACCCCCUCUUCAACCAAUCCGAACUCACUCUCCCCUACACCACCUUCGUCGACGAGAUGAACAAAUUCGCCAUCGGUGACCAAGCAGACUGGUGCAAAGCAUGUGGAGAAUCGACAGGCGACUGCGCUUCUUCGUCUGCAUCUUCUUCUUCCAGCUCGGGCUCUGGUUCCGCGGGGAAUAGCGACGGAAAUGGAGGCAUGUCGAAAGCUGUUGCGGGUGUGAUCGGCGCUAUGGUUACGUUGGCGGUAGUUUUGGGAAUUGAGGCCUUGGUCCUUGUGGUUGCCGGUUUGAGAGUCGUGAGCAGGAAGAGAUUGGGGGCCGGGAAUGCAGGGACUGCUGCGGUGGCUGCUGAGCAGGGUGGGAAGUAAGAAGGAAUGAGAUGGAUGGAUGGAUAGAUGAUGAUGAUGAUGAUGAUGAUGAUGAUGAUGAUGAUGAUGAUGAUGAUGAUGAUGAUGAAAAGCUGAGAAAGGUGAUAUAGGAGAGGAUUAAGUAAUGAUAAUACGUAUAUAAAGAAAAUGGAAUGGGAUUUGAAAUCCCUCACUGAUUGGGAUGAUGUUAAUUAAUCAUUAGAUCAAUCAUAUGAUUACGAAAGUUGGAAAUACAUCCAUCCUAGAAAUGAAUUUAUAUUAGGAGAGAGUGUUCUACAAUCGAUGUGAUAAUAAGAUUUUUCA